AUUUCUAUACCCCCCAUUCCAUCCACCCAGUUUAGCCGCAAGGUGUGGUGGGAUGAUCUCCUGACAUGGUAUUCCCUUACACUCCGCGUGCCAUGCGUUGGAUCGGCCUGCUCACCACGAUCCUCUCGCAGCUUAAGAGACAUCUAUACCGAUCUGAACCUUCUUUUCACACAAAGUAGCUACUGGCUGACUUUUAUCAACACUCCUUUUUUUCUUCGUAAUCUGUAUGACCAGGACGAGCGUUCCCGUAUACAGCCGUCGUUGGUGCUGGCAGGCCUGGCACUGGCGACUUUAGUUCGUUCCAGCGAGCUGGAGCUCGGUGCCGCUGGCCGCCAUCGCGCAAUUCGUCUGAGAGAUGCUGCGCAGUCUGCUCUGGAAGCAUCAUCGGCCUCGCAGUGGAUUGAUUUGGGCCUCGCGGAGGCCGCGAUGUUCCUCGCUCUCUUCGAGACAUCCGCGCACCCACAAUACAGCGCUGCACGCUCGGAUUCGGCGCUCAUGUUUCUGGACAACAUCGUCGCCAGUCUUCGACUCACAUAUUUGGACGCCAACGACCCUGAUCCUAUCGACUACUCCGUUGCAGGCGUCCCCGUCGCGCACUCGGGCGACUACGAGGUGCCGAAGAGGUGCGAGUGCAUUAACAUACCUUUGGGAGUUCCGUACGUUGCGUCGAAGGAGUCUUGGUCAUUCGUACCCGCUUGGGAUUCGUCCUGGUCCCCGUCGGACAUCCGCAAGGAAGAAACCAGGCGUCUGUGCUGGAGCGCCCUCAUGCUUGCUGCAAACCACACAUCUUCUUGCGCGUCGUCAUAUCCACAGCGGAAGCCGUUGGAUCUCUUCCUCAUCAACUCCGCUAACUUCAAGUUGCUCUUUCCUGGCGAGGCAUUGCAACGCACGACUCAGAGCGCCGCGCAUUCCGGAAAGGACACCGUGUGGGCCCUGUAUUGCCGCAGCAUGCUUCUGUGGAACUGCUGCGUCCGCUUCCAGGAUGACAUGCUGACGGGAGAUCAAAAGACGCAAAUCGCCAUAGCAGUGUUCGUCGAGAUCCGCGCCGUAGAGCAAGCGCUAGAUGCUCACAUAUGUAACAUCGACACUGCCUUGAUGUAUAUGUGCAGGGAGUUCAUAUCCAAGUGGGUCUUCAGUAUUCCUGCCUCUCAGUCUUUUUUUCUUCGCUUACUCACUGGCAUCGUCCAUACAAUGCAGCACGAGACUGUCUGUGACAUAUCUGAUGAGACGGAACAGGUCGCCAAAAGGGUCAAGUCUUCCAUUCAUCGACUUUCAGAGCCCAACGGGCAUCUUUUCCUCAGGCGACCGUUCCAGAUCAGCUGGUUCACGGGUCAGAUGGCGAUAUGCCUGGACCUGUGGUUCGGCGACUCGGCGCUCGUUCGCGCGCUAGAACUUGCUAAAUCCUUUCUCGUACCGAUCGAAGUGCUCAAUGCGAUGUGGCCGUGUCCGGCAUAUCGCAGCCAGUGCGACGACCUCCGGUCGCAGCUGCACAAGGCGUGCGCGAUGGCCGGCAUCCCCUCCCCUCUCGCCCCAGAGUUUUUGUUACCG